AGCCCGCGCGCCCUUUCCCGACCGCCGCACCAUGGCCUCCGCUCGCCUCCUUGCGCUGCUGCUGCUGCUCCUCGUGGGCGCCCCGGCCGCUGCCGCCGAGUCGAUCCGAGAGACCGAGGUCAUCGACCCACAAGACCUCCUAGAUGGCCGCUAUGGUUCAGGACCCCUACCGGAUGACGAGGAUAUGACAGGGCCCGGGCAGGAGUCCGAUGACUUUGAGCUGUCUGGCUCUGGAGAUCUGGAUGACUCAGAGGACACCAGGGUCUUCCCCGAAGUCAUCCAUCCCUUGGUGCCCUUAGAUAACCGCAUUCCUGAGAGGGUGGGGCCUGGGAGCCAGGUCCCCACAGAGCCCAAGGAACUGGAGGAGAAUGAGGUCAUCCCCAAGAGGCUCUCGCCACCUAUUGAAGGGGACGAGGAGGUGUCCAACAGGGUGUCCAUGUCCAGCACUGCCCAGAGCAGCAACAUCUUUGAGAGGACAGAGGUCCUGGCAGCUCUGAUUGUGGGCGGCGGUGUGGGCAUCCUCUUUGCCAUUUUCCUGGUCCUGCUGCUGAUGUACCGCAUGAAGAAAAAGGACGAAGGCAGCUACGACCUGGGCAAGAAACCCAUCUACAAAAAAGCCCCCACCAAUGAGUUCUAUGCCUGAAGCUUCCUCAUGGGCACCGGCUUGGACUUGAGGGGGGUGGAAAGCUGAAGGAUUUUGGAGGUUGGACCUUAGCAUUAGGGGGGAGGGCAAUCUAAUACUGACCUGUCAGCAUCUUCAGCCCUGAUUAUGUGUUAAGGGACAGGAGGGACCUCAUGCCUCUGUUCCUGCCUGCCUCUUCUUGAUUCUCUGGGCCUCAACGAUCCCAGCAGAAAAAUGAGGCUAAACUUGGCCUUUCAGAAGACAAGUCAAGGAUUGGAUUAUUUCUUCAUCUUCCAGUUUAGAACCUAAGCCCAGCGUAGAGCCUGUACUGACCACGCCUCCGCAGAGCCCCUCUGGAGCCGUCGGAGUCCUGCUGGAGGCCUGGCCCCGGGGCCUCCCUCCCUCCCUCCCCACGCCCUUUCGCAGCCGGUCCUUCUGCCAGGAAAUGGGAGAAGGAACCAGAACCACCUGCACCUUGAGAUGUGUCUGUCAUAGGGCACUGUGUCCACACUACAGGAGUCUCUGUGGUAUACCUUGGGCCAUUGGGCUCUUUUCAAGUGACUUUUGGCAAACCUUUUUUUUAUUUGGGGAGGGAGGGGACAGAGGGAGGGUGGGGAGAAGAGCUGAAAGUUCAUACUGAAAUGGAUUUUAGAAUAUUUGUAAAUCUAUUUUUAGUGGGUGUUUUGUUUUGUUUGUUUUUUUACAGUUCAUUCCUCUCUGCCUGGGCAAGAGCGCACAGGUGCCGAGGUGUUCUUGGCGCUCUUGCAUCUUUCCAUCAUACCUGCUAAGUUUGUAUUUAAUGGGGUUUUUUUGGUUUUGUUUGUUUUUGUUUCUCGAAAAUGAGAGAAGAGCCGGAGAUAUGAUUUUUAUUAAUUUUUUUUUUACUAUUUAUAGCUUCAGACAGAGCCUCUUUUUCUUCCUUGCCUUUAAACCCACCUCCCUGUUUUAUAAAACAUACUUUGCGGUCCCCUGUUCACGACUUUGGCCCUUUCUGAAGCUGCUCCUCUAAGAAGUAGCUUUCGCUGAGACAUAGUUUUCUAGCAGAUCCCAAAAUAUAAUGUAAGGGAUGAUAGGAUAUUUGUGUCUCUUUCCUUGUAAUAUAUUAUUAUUCUUUCUUGGUUCUAGAAAAAUAGAUAAAUAUAUUUUUUCAGGAGAUAGUAUAUUUCCCAUUUAAAGUUGCUGGGCGGUUGAGUGAGUGGAAUUCGAUGUGGCUGUGAGGGCUUCUGCCUCUUUUUCUUGCCCCGUUCCUGGUGCCUUCCCACUGGGCUGGAGCAGUUGAGAGUUGAGGGUAGGUAUUUCUACCUGCUUUCUAGCUUCUGCUUUGAGCCCAGCUGGUAUUCUUUCAUUUCUUCAAAUUUAAGAGACAAUUGGAGAGCUGUGCUAGCCAAAACAGUAACCACCAGCCACAUGUGGCUAUUUAAGUCAAUUUAACAUUACACAAAGUUAAAAAUCCAUUCCUCAGUUGCAUUAACCACAUGUCAAGCGCUCAGCUGCCACAUGUGGCUAGUGGCUGCUGCAGGGAGCAGGCAGGUGGAGACCAUUUCCAUCUAUUGGCGAGCACUGCCAGCGAACCGAACUGGUUCAGCAAGUCACAGCCCCAGCUUUGCUGGGAUAACCUUUGUCUCCCUGGGCGAAGGAGGGGUUGGGGAGAGCUGAUUAGGCCCUCGCUCUGGAGCCUGUUAUCUGGGGCCUUCCCCUCCAGAGAGGAGAGGCUUGGUGGAUGAGGCUGGGUAGGCUGCGUCUUCUGACCCCACUGGCUGGGGUGGGGGCAGCAGCCCAGCUGCCUGCCCCAUUCACCCCCCAACGACCCAGGGUCCCCAGCUGGCUGGGUCCUCUUCCCCCUCACCCCCCCACCCCCGCAUCCUUUCCUCUGGCUGUGUCAGAAGUCAGCCCCUCUUGUAGCCCCUCACGCUGUUGUCUGUUACUGAUUUUUUGAUAAAAAGA